AUGCUUUCCGCACUUCGAACCAUCCGAUGUUCCACCAGACGCGCCGGACCACAGCUUCGUACGGCAGCAACUCAGGCCCAGAGGCGCGCUGGCGACAUAUCUGAUGCUUUCGCAUCUCUAUCCGGGCAGAAAUUCAAGCCUCUCACAGCUGAAUAUGCCGACCUCAAGGGUCGCCUGAUCAAGGGCUAUGAGAGCGAAGUACGAGAGUCUUGGGAGCGCUUGUUGGAGCAUCUGCGGGAGGAGAUCCCGCUUAUUGUCGAACUGGGCUCCAAGGUCAUCCCAGAGAUCAACUUCAAAGAUUUAGAUAAUGCACCAGAGACUUUCAGCAAAGAGUUGAGGAAGAGAGGCGUCGCUGUGAACAAGAGGCUUUACAGUGGAAAGAAGAUCUACGAGAGUAUAUUCGGCAAAACCCCCAGACCAAAGGUUUUCGAACUGUACUGGUCGAACGUCCAGCUUCUGGCUCGUGGCAAUCCACAUCUUCUAAAGACGCAUCGUUUCCUCAUGUCUUACUGGCACAGCUUGAACCCAAAUAUACCGUUAUCGAUGCAGCAUCCGAUCAGCUAUGCCGACCGCUUGCGCAUGCGUCUUCCCGGUGACGCGAAGUUUGCAUUGGGCCCGCACGUUGAUGGAGGUAGUGUUGAGCGUUGGAGCGAGGAAGGAUAUGGCCUUGGCAAAGUAUAUGAUUCUGUAUGGAAAGGAAGGUGGGAGGAUUUCGACCCGUGGGAGGCCGGCUGCCGCUUACCUGUGGUGCCAGACCUUCAUCAGGGCGUCGGGGCAUGCACCGCAUUUCGCAUGUUCCAAGGCUGGCUAUCGCUCAGCAACACAAAACCGUUCGAAGGCACUCUGCUCGUCAAUCCACUUCUCGCCAAGGCAACUGCAUACUACCUCCUCCGGCCUUUCUUCUCUCCUAAGCGCGGUGUCGAGCCUGGCGCACAAACAGCCUCGGAGGCCAUCACGAACUCAGACGACUUCCUUGCCUCGGACAACUGGGAAAUGGACUCUACGCAAUCACCCUGGGUUCAUGGCGCCACACCAGGUCACGGUCAGGAGCUCUCACAUCUCCUGCACCCUCAUCUGAAUCUCCAGAAGUCCAUGAUCCACGUGCCAGAAGUGCGACCUGGCGAUUACGUGGCCUGGCACUGCGACACUAUCCAUGCCGUAGACAAGACGCAUGCUGGGAAGUCAGACUCUAGCGUCUUGUACAUUCCAGCGUGUCCAAUGACCGAGGACAAUGCGAACUAUCUUGUUCAUCAACGCGAGAAUUUUGUCGCUGGCACUCCUAGUCCCGACUUCGGAGGAGGGAUUGGAGAGAGCGAACAUAUUGGCCGUAUCAAGGCUGAGGAGCUAUCGCAGCUUGUUGGUGAGGAAGGAUGUAGAGCAAUGGGGCUGAUGGAGUGGGACAGUGGCGCUCCGAAUUUGACUCCUGGUCAGAAGGUAAUACUGGAUCGGGCGAACAAGAUUCUGGGCUUCUAUGAUUGA